AUGGUGCGGAUCCUGGCCAACGUGAAAAAUGUGAUCGUGUAUAUUGAUGAUAUACUGAUUUUUGCGAGAACAAUUGAAGAGCUACGUAGCACUGUGGCGCAAGUACUAAGCAUACUCAAAGCCAACAAUCUCACCGUUAAUGAAUCAAAAUGUAAAGAUCGGAAUGCCAGAAUUAUCAGUUUUGCCUCGAAAGCUCUGACUGAUACCGAGAAACGGUACCCACAGUACCAAAGAGAAGCGUUGAGUGCCGUCUGGGCCGUGGAACAUUUCGCCUAUUUCUUGUUGGGAAGACGGUUCACCCUGCGUACCGACGCGCAAGGUGUGGCGUUUAUACUUAAUCGAACCAGAGAGGACUCCAAGAGGGCACUCACCAGGGCGGAUGGCUGGGCACUCAGGCUAAGCCCAUACGAUUAUGAAAUCGAAUACGUUCGCGGCACAGAGAACAUCGCCGAUCCCUCAUCUCGUCUGUACGUUGGAGACGACGACCCCUUCAAUGAAGAAUGCAGUCCUUGGGAGGUAGCAUCGCUUGAAGCCAACGCGAUUGAGUUUUUGACUGAAAAGGAGAUCAAGGAAGAGACCUCUCAAGACGCCAUGCUCCAACAGGUCAUACAAGCUUUAACAACGGGAGUGUGGCCCAAUAAUCUUCCUGGGUAUCGAGCCCUCGAACAAGACUUAUCGGUGCGAGAUGGACUCGUCAUUAAAACUGGAAGCGUCAUAAUCCCCGAACGGCUACGUACGAAGGCACUCGAGGCGGCCCAUUCAGGGCAUCCAUCCUCAUCGAAAAUGAAAACAAUAAUACGACAACGUGUGUGGUGGCCAGGUAUGCCACGUGAUGCAGAAAAGUGGAGUGAGUCAUGUUCAACUUGUGCGAUUAACGGAAGACCAGAGAAAACGACACCAAUGCAACGCGUGUUUGCUCCCAAAGUCGUCUGGGAUACGAUUGCGUUGGACUUUAAUGGGCCAUACGCCAGGUUUGGUGGUAUAUCCAUUCUAGUCGUCGUCGACUAUCGGUUACGCUACCUCAUGGCUAAGCCUGUGAAAAGUACAUCAUUUGAGCAUACUAAGGCGGCAUUUGAGAGCAUCUUUGAAAAGGAAGGUUUUCCCAGAGUAAUCAAGACCGACAAUGGUCCCCCCUUCAACGGGGAGGACUACAAACAUUAUUGCACAGAACGUGGCAUAGAAAUGACCUACUCCACCCCUCUAUUCCCUCAACAGAAUGGCCUGGCUGAGGGAUACAUGAAGAUCAUAAAUAAGGCCAUGAGCUCUGCGGAUUGUAAUAGUACAAAUUUUGUCGACGAAGUACGCGCUGCAGUCCAAGCUCAUAAUGCUGCCGUGCAUCGUGUAACCAAAAUUGCACCAGAAGAAGUCAUGAGUGGGCGGAAAAUUAAACGAGGCUUACCGCUUGUCAACCGCGAAAAGGUUGAAAUCGAUGAGGACCUUUUGGACAAACUUGACCGCGACGAAAAGUUAUCAGGAAAGCAACGCGAGGAUUCCCGAAGAGGCGCUCGGCCAUGUCGCGUGAAACCUGGUGACUCAGUUGUCAUCGAGCGAACGAAUCGUGCCAAAGGAGAUUCACGAUUCUGUCCUAAGCAGUAUGUCGUAUCAGGAGAACGAAACGGAAACUUGACACUUGUAGGAAACGAUGGCCACACUCUUAAAACGCACGUAUCUCAAACCAAAAAAGUAAGCCUGUUGCGCGAUACGAGCAAGCCGACAUCUGUAGGAGAUCCACAACCGGAGGGGACGAUGCUACCAAGAUCAUCCAGGAAUAAAAAGACCCCUUCAUACUUGAAGGAUUACGUACAAGUCAUUGAGGACAACUAG